UAACGAAGGUGGAGAGCCUUCAUUAGAUGUAUUGAAUUUCUUUCCAAAAGUUCCCAUCGAAACGCAACAACCCCGUUACAAAACAUUACGAACAAUACGAUAUUGCAACUAAGACUCCUCAACGAUGGAGGAUGAAGCUGAAAGGCACGAAUAGAUUAAGCAACGAUACCAUCAAGAGACGAAAAUAUGGAGCACCACAACCAUCAGCAGCAGCAGCAGCAGCAACAGCAGCAGCAACAGCAGCAAACGUUUAGCAGACCGAUCGCACCAAACCCCCCUCCUACAUCUAUAGCCAACAAUGCAUCCAAUGCACCUCACCCAGCAGUUCCAACGUUGUAUUCCACUAAUGGUAAUCCAGUUGCCCGUCAUCAACCGACACAACACCAUAUAGCUACGAACACAGCUGUCGUUGGAAAUGCAAUGAACUCUCAGGUGAUGGGGCAACUUAUGACCAAUCCGGCCCUAGCUGCUGUAGCUGCGGCUACGCCACUUCUCCCGCCGGCUGCUAUGAUAACAAACCCCGGUGCGUUCUUAACAAUGCCAGAAUACUAUUUAUCUCAACCAACAGCAGCGACUAGUACGACAGGGGCCACAACACACGAUCCACAACAGCAACAGAUGACUACGAAGACUUCUGCAGCGGCGAUCAAUUCUUCCGUUGCGGUUCGGCCACAACUAGUCACAGCGGGACAACAAACACCGGCGAUCGGAAGUCAGCAGCCACAUCAUACUCAAAAUGGAACGAUACCUCAGCAGCAGCAACAACAGCAACCACAACCGCAGCAACAGCAGCAGCAACAACUGUUCUCCAUUCCGGGUGUAACAGGCAUGCAAUACCAAACCAUAUUACCGUAUGGGGUAACGUUACCGAAUCCUGUCUUGAAUGCGAGUCCCGGAGUGAAUCCCAUGGCUCCCUCAUCAGUUCAGGUUCAUAUGGCCGCAAAUGCUGCUGCUUCGCAAGCAAUCGCAGCAGCAAACGUGAAACCGAAUCCAGUCGUUGUAGAAAGCAACGGAACGAAAUCCAUUGGUAACGGGAAGCGAAGAACAAAAGACCUAACAUCUGAGGAGCGAGCCCAGCAAAACAGAGAUCGAAACAGGGAGCAUGCUCGAUCAACUCGGCUUCGAAAGAAAGCAUAUGUAUCUAAGCUGAAAGAGUUGGUAGAUGGCCUUCAUGCUGAACGCACCGAGGAAGUUCGGCAACGGAGGGUUGCUAUCCAGCAUUUGGCUGAGACCCAAGAUGUCCGAAGAGCAGUCGUUCGCAGUUUCUUGCGAUUUCAUUCUAGCUACGAAUCUGACAAACGAAAGUGGACAACCCUAUUGGAAGACAACUUUUGGUUCAAGCAGCCGGUGACACMGUAUCGUUGCUUUCGUAGAAGCGAGAUAGAAAACGUAAGUGAAGCUACUGCUGCUAUAUCUGCUCCAAGCAUUGUGAAUUGUGUACAGUAACUACUUCAUUCUGCCUCGAUUUGAUCAAAAAGUCAUUCCUCGAUGAUAGUGAUAUUCAAUCUACCUUCUCACAUUUCUUCAUCUCUUCCUUUCUUUGAAUUGCAAAAUGGCGUGCUAUACAUCUAUUCUCGAUAAAKGAGAGUCGAAUAACCCGUGGUGUAGAAGGAGUGAUUGCAGACGCAUCGAGUAUAGCUGCAAUGAUCGAGGGAGUUGGAUCACGCAGCUCUAGGUGGGCACAUCUGAAGCGAGAAGAAUUUAUUUCCAGGGAAGAAGAAAGAACUGGGCGAAAACGCAUGCCAAGAAAUAUUGUUCAACGAAACAAUCGAUUCAGACAUGCAGUCUCGAGUAUCUCAGCAUCAAGUUCCGAUUCUUCAAACACCGGUACUAACAAUUGCUCUAGUGGCGGAGAAGAGAACAAGAAGAAUGAAAAGAAAAGUAUUAAUGAGAAGGGGUCGGGAAAUGCCACCAAGAACGUUAGCACUUCGAGUCACGAAGGGCAAUCUGCAGCUCAAAGUAGCACAAACAAUGCCUCUGGAGACUUUCACGACUACCAUGCUAAGCCUCUCCCUGAUCCGAAGCUUCCUGCAGAUCCUACUGGCCAAGGUAGUGGUUCAGACGCUUCGAAUAGUGGAGAUGAUACCAAGCGCGUCAGCACAUCGUCUAUGGACGAUUCAGCUGCAGCUAUAAAGGUACCUCCAAACAAUGGAUCGAGCAAAAGGCGCAAAGUCGAAUCAAAUAAAAUGAACAAUGCGAUCACAAUGGCAGAUGGGAAAUCAAAAUCAGAAUCAGCGGGGCUUGCAGCUGCCAAGGCAUCCAAUAGCUUUCUCCCAGCUAACAUGAUAGCCAAAAAGGGAGGCAUUGCUCAUAAUGUUCGUCCUGUCGCUAGCUCUGUGUCCAUCCAAAAGAGCGGAAACGCUCGUCUUGCAAUGGCUCCGGCAGUUCCCCUCCCUCCGUUUGCAGGUAUCGGAAAGCGUCCUGGCGGUAUAUCUCAUAGUGCUUCAUCCGCCGUGUCUAUGUCCAUUACUGAUAACAAUGCCAAUGGAAAGUUCAAGAACGACAGCAUCGUCGAUUCCACACCUUCAAGACGUCCUAAGCUUGCAAAUGUGGCUCUCGAAGCCCCAGCGGGCAUAUCUACUGGGCCACAAAUCAUAUCUGGUGAUGUCGAGACUUCCUCGAGCAAUUCAUCCGGAAGCAAGCCGCAGAUACGAGCUUAUUAUCACUUCAACGAAGACGAUAUGAUUCUUAUGAACGAUGUGAUCAUGUGUCCAUUUAUUUUCAGAACCCAAGACGCAGUUUUAUGCGGAGCACUCUCCGAAUGUGUCAUGCCUGGUAUGCUUCGGGGCGAGUUUUCAUCGAGAAACAAACUCCUAAGUUUGGAAAUGGUAUACGAUUCGAUGGGCCUUAUGCAACAGCUUGAACGAUGCAGUGGAUCCGAGUUGAUGGUUCAAAUUAUCCCCAGUAGCUUGGAGAUGGCCUUGACACCUGUUCCCUACGAAUGUAGAGUGAUCACUCUGGUAGAACCUCCCUACUUGAUCAUUAAUGUCAACGAGUCAUGGACUAAGCUGACAAAGUACACUCAGAUGGACGUUGAGGGUGCAGAGCUAUUCAGAAUACUAGACUCUUCUUCCAAUCGUAGUGGGAGUCAACCGACGAAUCCACCAUACGAUCUGGUCGAAGUGAGCGAGGGACGCUGCAAGUGCACUACAAGAUUUCAUUAUGACAAGGAUGAUAGAGAGUUUGUAGAUUUCAUAUGCUCAUAUCCUCUCACAAAGUGAGUUUGUCCAAAACAUCGUUUGCAGCUCUGUUUGCGAUCUGUGUGAUCUUACAAAACUAUUUUUCAUUCUUGUUCUUUUCCUCAAAAUUAACACCAGCUCAAACGACGAAGUAACUCACAUUCUUCAUGUUAGCAAAGAGCUUCGAUCACUGGAAGAAACGACGGAGCUACAAGAAUCGGAUAUGGGUAGCAGUGAUGCGAAUGACGACAAUUCAUAACGGCAGAUACAGCACUGUGUGUAAAAUACUUAGCCAUUCACUGGGGACAACGCUAAGUUGAGCAAAUUGUG